AUGUCGCAGCUUGCGCUCCAGACUCGGAGUGCCCAGGGCUCUACUUCAGAUUUUGGUCCUCCUGCUGCUGAUGCUGGUUUGACGGAUGCUUCUGCGACGGCGACUGGCACUGGCGCCACUGGAACUCCAUCUGGUACAGGCAAUGCAUCUGCUUCCGUUGCCGGUGCUCCUCCUCAAAUUCUGCAUACUCGCCUCCCUCCUCACCAAAAACGUCCUCUCCAUCGGCUUCAAGUUGCAGGUGCCUCCCCCGACUCCUCCUCCUCCUCCUCCCAGGAUAGCCCCACGACAGGCUUCUUGAUCCCGGCUUCCGAUCCUGCAGGCAUUAUUAGCAUCAGCACCACUACAACCACUGCUGCCAGUCACUCUUACGGCACCACUAUUGUGACAAGCCCUCUUCUUACUCCAUCUCCAAGAUCUCCUCGCCGCCUGAUACCCAGCCCUCUUCACGAGAGUACCGCAGUCUCUUCGCCGACAAGCCCCUUUUCGGCGACGUCCUCUUCCUUCUUUUCUUCCUUGGACAGAUUCCCACUGCCGCACUCCAAGACAAUACCUGACAUUAUAACUACGCCAACCGACGAUCUACGCUCGCCUGUCGACCUUCUAGGGGAACCGCAGACAUAUUAUCAAAGUGACUCGUCCAGCUCUUCAACGUCCGAACAUAUUGCACAACGCAGACCGAGAAUAUCACCGCUCCCUUCGAAUGAUAAUCGCAGCGCUUCCGAACCCGUCCUGAUUUCGAGGCCUUCCACAGGCCCGCCCCGAUCUCCAAUGUCUACCUCCGGAGGCUCGGCCGCUGCCUCACGGGGCAACCCGAGCAAGGGUGCGCCACGAAAUUCUUCAAUGGACUCUGCUAUCUCCGCCAUUUCCACCAAAUCUCAGUCCCUGAAAGGCGCUACCUCCAGCCAGUCUGAUACCACAGAUAUCGCCGCGCUGAUCAAGACGGCGGGGAGUCCGGAGGCAGUUAUUCAGUAUCUUUUGAAAGAAAAGCACUCCCAAUCGCAACAAAAUGCGCAGCUAUGGCGUCUCGUCGACAAGCAAAGGGCUAUGAUUUUGGGCCUCAAUAAGGACCUCGAGCGGGCGCUGAAAGACAAGGAAAAAUACCGAAAGAAGUUGAAAGAGGUCGUUUCGGUCCCUGAAACGACGGGAGCUGACGGCUCUAAAACUGGUAGCAAAGUCAUGAAAAUGCCUGUGAGCAAAGGGAUACCGACUGUCGACAUCAGCGCGCCCAAAGAACGUCAGGUUGUGGCGCCAGACUCACCGACGUUGGAUUCCGAUAGUCAAAAACACUCACCUGUGGAUAUGGCAAUGGCACCUUACCCGAUCACUCCGCCAGCAGAUCAGCCAAAUGGGCCCCCGUCAGCAGUCGGGGAACUACUCGAUCCAUCACACGAAAUGCCAAAAGCUCACGAGCACGCAUAUGAUCGAUUCAACCAUGAUGCAGAAGAGCAGGCUGCGGAAACAGUGCGGAGGGAACUUGAGGCAAACCAGCUGGUGGACCUCCCUCUAAACGCAUCUCUCGCACCAUCUCGAAGCCUACCGAGCCAGCCACCAAGCGCUCCUCCCCCGAGACCACCGAGAGCAGCCGAUUCGACGACUGAAGAAGGGCUCUCACAGUUUCCUGUGCCACCCCCACGCAAGCCCCCGCCAGCUCCGUUGCAACUUCAGAACAAGAUUCAACCUGGUGCGGAAGAGGAGGAGAGUGACACCGACUUUGACGACAUUUUGGAGGUUGCCGAAAUCGUCUCCGAGUCGCGCGGGCGACGAAGGACUCGUGAGGAAGAUGACCGUGAUAGGGAGGUCCUGGCCCAACAGGAGGCCGAGAGGAGAAGCCUAUCCAAGAAGAGCAAAUCACAUAACCAGGCUGAGUCACCAACUGAGGCCAUCCCCAUGGCAGCCACGGAAUUGCCCCCCAGUCCGCCAAAACGAAUGCACCGAGAAAAUGCCCCUGCUUCUCUGGCGAGCGUUCUCAGACCCGAUGCCCUUGACGCUCCGCUUUUGAGUCCUGGACUGCCGUCCAGCCCGCGCCCGCUAGGUAUACCGGUGGACAGCCCUGCGGCACCUUUGUCGCCGCGUCCCCCUCGCCAACCGAUACCUCUCCCCCCCGGCCAUUCUCUCCAAACGCCGGUACCCGCUGAACCCCUAGUCUUGACGAGCCCCCAACCACUCAACAUCGUGAAGAAGAGUGGCGAUUCGCAUAGCGAAAAGAGCCGCAUGAGUCCCACCGAGCGCGGCGACCCUAGCCGCAUCUUUAAGGGCUUUGUAACCGAAGAGUACCCUGACUUGCUGCUCUCACCUAAUGUUCUGCCAACGAUCAGGGUCAAGGUUGCGUCUUCACGUAUGAAACCGUCACGAGCAAGCUUGAUUUCCUUGACGCAGCUGGAAGAAGAUCCUGUUUUCACUCUAGCCAUCUUUUCUCGAUCUGAUUCCGGAGAACUUUGGCGAGUCGAGAAGGAUUCAGCCUCGCUUGCGAAGCUGGAUCAAAGAUUGAAGCAGUGUUCAGCUUUCACUGCGAAGACGCCAGAGAGAUCUCUCUUCAGUGGGCAUGCGCCUGCUAAGUUGGACGCACGACGAGUAGCAUUGGACCAGUACUUGGAAGAGCUUUUGGAAACGCCCUUAGACACUGCAAGCGCCUUGGAGCUCUGCAAGUAUCUUUCAACUCACACGCUGCCUCCUAAUUCAGAUGACGCUGGCUCCAUGGAGACCAUGGUUGAGGCUAAGGCCAAAUCAGGACCCGGCGGUCGCCCUUACAGAACUGGAUAUCUCACCAAGCGAGGCAAGAACUUUGGGGGCUGGAAGGCGCGCUUCUUCAUCCUUGAUGGCCCUCAUCUGAAAUACUACGAGACGCCAGGCGGUGCUCACCUCGGUACAAUCAAACUGCCCAGCGCACAAAUCGGCAAGCAGUCACAGAACAACGAGAACCAGUCACCGCAGCAAUCUACGACCUCGGACGACGCCGACAACCAAUAUCGGCACGCCUUCCUUAUUCUAGAACCCAAGAAGAAAGACUCUAGCAGUCACGUCAAACACGUUCUCUGUGCUGAGAGUGACCGGGAAAGAGACCAGUGGGUCGAUGCAUUACUUCGGUGGAUCGACUACAAGGACCCUGAAGAGGAGGGAAACCACGCCGCGAAGCAGCAUGCACAUGAACGCCAAGCUUCUGCCGCUGCCGAACGCGCCGAUAAGAAGAAGCAGCGUUACAAGAAGACGGCUUCGCACCACCAACCAACCGAAUCAGAGAGUCUCAUAGGUGUUCGCUACGACUCCAUGUCACAGGGUGAUCUCCCCCAGCACGGAGCACCAGUACGGCCAAGAGGCCCCGGUCCAAUUCCAGAUAAUGGCCAUCACGCGGAAGCAAUGACAAUGUCCUCGCAGCCGUCGAUGAUGAUUUCAGCGCCGAGAGAUAUGCAAGUCAUUGCCGACUCGGCUCAAUGGGGAAACAAACCAGGACUCGGUGUUCCUGUCAGCGAGGAGAAGAAAUUGAAGAAACGCAGCUUCUUUGGAUUUGGACCCAAGACAAGAUCGUCGUCGGAUGGUCAGGAUUCCUUGUUUGGUGGAAGCGAAGGCGGAUCAUCAACCCCUCCUCAAGGCGGCUACGCAGGACCCAUACGUCAGGCCUUUGGAGCCCCAUUAGCAGAGGCGGUGCGCUACAACCACCCAACCGAUGUAAAUGUGCCACUUCCUGCUGUCGUUUACAGAUGCAUCCAAUAUUUGGAUGCCAAGAAUGCCAUUCUCGAAGAGGGCAUCUUCCGUCUGAGCGGCUCAAACGUCGUCAUCAAGCAGCUCCGUGAGAGAUUCAACACUGAGGGCGACGUUAAUUUGGUUACGGACGAGACUUACUAUGAUAUCCAUGCUGUUGCUUCCUUGUUGAAGCUGUACCUACGCGAACUGCCAACGACCAUACUUACUAGGGAUCUUCAUCUUGAGUUUUUGGCAGUCACUGAGAUGUCCGGGCUGAAGGAGAAAAUCCUCGCUCUCUCUGAGCUGGUUCUAAGGCUACCUCAAGCUAACGCCACGCUGUUGAAGUAUCUUAUUGCCUUCCUGAUCAAGAUUAUCAAUAACGCCGACAUUAACAAAAUGACGGUUCGCAAUGUGGGCAUCGUGUUCUCGCCAACAUUGAACAUACCGGCCCCUGUGUUUGCCAUGCUCUUGCAGAAUUAUUCAGGGAUUUUUGGCCUUGAGCCCGAAGAAUAUGAACUACCGUCGUCCUUCGACGGAGAAUCGGGACGCGAGAGAUCUGGCUCGUUGCCCAGCAUGGCCAGUGGGCUCCCUAGCCGGCCCUCAUUUGACCCGCAGCAGGCGCGACCCUCUACCUCUGCAGGAUCAAGCCAGUCACCUCACCGGCAAAGACUCUUGGAGGCCAUGACAGGCCAGCAACGAUCUGGUGGCACCCCUCCUCCACUUCUUCAAGAACUGCACAGCGCUCGAUCUUCGCCCACUCCACCACCGAAUUAUCCUGUUUCUCGUACCACAGCCUAUGAGCCGCAGUACAUGCCACAAGGGUACGAGACGAACGGUUACCAUGGCGUAGCUCGGGGCUACGACAAUGGAUCUUCUGGUUAUGACCAGCAACAUAAACGUCGAGAAAGCGCCAUCUUCAUGGGCAACGUGAUGGGCCUAAACCCUCAAAGCUCCAAGAGCCGACUACGAGAGGAGACUCGAUUCUAG